CGGGCCGGGAGGGCGGAGCGGCCCCGCAGCGCCCGCCGCAGCCGCCGCCGGAGAGCUCUCUGCCUGCCCAUGCCAGCAGGGCUGCAGCCCCCCUGCCCCGAGCCAUGCGGUGACGUGGGGACAGCCCGCAGCAGCCAUGGCCCAGUCCCGGGCCAACGGCUCCCACUACGCGCUGACGGCCAUCGGGCUGGGCAUGCUGGUGCUCGGCAUCAUCAUGGCCGUGUGGAACCUCGUGCCCGGCUUCGGCCCCCCCGACAAACCCGGCGGCCAGCCCGGCAACAGCAGCAAGCCCGACCGCGGCUCCGGCGGCAUCCUCAAGAGCAAAACCUUCUCGGUGGCCUACGUGCUGGUGGGGGCCGGUCUGCUGCUGCUCCUGCUCUCCCUCUGCCUCAACGUCCGCGACAAGAAGAGGCAGAGCGAGGAGCUGACCAUCGCUCACGGGCAGCACCAGGUGUCCGCAGAGCCCUCGCAGCAGGAGGACAGUCAAGAAGAGGAUGAAGACGUCUCUUCCCAAUACUACGUGCCCAGCUACGAGGAGGUGAUGAACACGGGCUACUCCGAGCCCAGAGACUCGGACAGGAGCAACAGGCUCAGCGUGUCCCUGCCCUCCUACGAGUCCUUGGCGGGGCUGGAGGAGAGCGGCGCGGCGCCGGGCGCGGCGGGCGCGGAGCCCGGCGCCGAGAGGCCGCCCAGCCGCCACAGCUCCCGCCUCAGCAAGCGCCUCAAGCCCCUCAAGGUGCGCAGGAUCAAGUCAGAGAAGCUGCACCUCAAGGACAUCAGGCUAAACCUGGAGCAGGGCAACAGCAGCGUCCCUAUCACGAUAGAGCCUCUCACCCCUCCGCCCAAGUACGAGGAGAUCCAGGAGAAAAUGCCAGUGGGCCAGCAAAUGCCUUAAAAAAACAUAGAGGAAUCUGUGAUGCUGCUUGGUUGAGGGUUUUCUAAAACCCACCGUGCCAAGAGGGGGCUGGUGUGUGGGUGCAGAAGCAGCCAGGGCUCCCUGGAAGCUGCCACGUCGAGGACGUGCUGUGGCACAAGGAUGGAACUCAUUUUCCCUGGGACUGAGUUUUACAAAAGACUGUGGGGAAAGAAACCUGAACACCACAAGUUCUGCUGCUGUGAAGUAAAUGAAGGCUGGGCAUGCCAAAAGUGUCACUUGUGGUGUUUGAAAUGAGACCACCCAGUGCAUCCUCUCAUCUCCUAUCCCCCUCUCUUCCAGCAAGACUUUUCCAAGCCACCAAACUGAUGCUGCAGAAGGAUUUCCCAAGUGGAAAAGUGAAAUGUUUCUUUUUUCGGGUGUCUUUUCUUUCCGAGGAAAGGGAAGCACAUUGCCAGGGAGGCACCACGGCUUUCCCUGGCUCCCAGCUGGGCUGGGCUGGUGGCCCAGAGCCAGCCCUGACUCCUGCCAAGGUCUCUGCUGGCUGGUGGGAAGCAGCUGAAAGGGGCCUCCUGCUCCUCAGGAGAGGAUGGAUUUCUUGCCUCUGCUGCUUUCCCUGAUGUGUUUCGUGCUCCAUUCGAGGCAAGUGCUGACUCUGGGGGGUGGGAGCUGCGUGUGCCAGUGCCAGGGGUGAAACCACUGCUGAGCAUCCUGUGCAGGCAGACUGCUCUGAAUAAAUGUUUUGUAUGUUGUG